CAAAAAGAAACAGGAAAUAGAGUCGAAACGAAAAAGUUCGUGUGGGCUUCGAGCGAAAUAAACUGACCGGCCUCCAUUGGAGAUGGCUGGUUAUGACAGCAGCAAGGGCAGUCUGGAGGAGGACAGCUCUGAAGGAGCCGUCGGUGGAGGGCUGUCCAGCUGUGCCUUGGCCAUGCUGGAAAAGGAACGGGGAUCUCUCCUCAGCCCUUUGGAGAGCCCUGGCACCUUCACAAGCAGCGCCUCCAACAGUCUUCAGGCUGCUGCCCCUCUGCAGGGCUAUGACGUGGAAUUCGACCCACCAUUGGAGAGGAAAUACGAGUGCCCCAUCUGCCUCAUGGCAUUGAGGAAUGCCAUUCAAACACGUUGCGGUCACCGUUUUUGCAAGAGCUGCAUUGAGAAGUCAAUUCGUGAUACAGGACAGCGGUGCCCUGUGGACAAUGAAAUGCUCUCAGAAGACCAACUCUUCCCUGAUAACUUUGCUAAACGGGAGAUUUUAUCUCUGACUGUUCGCUGUCCUAACUCUGGCUGCGUCGAGAAAAUGGAGCUCCGACAUUUAGAGGCUCAUUCGGCACUGUGCAAGUUUGCCACGGUGCCUUGCCCACAGUGCCAGCAGUCUGUGAGGAAAAGCUACCUAGAGGAGCACACAACUCUCGAGUGCCAAAGAAGACCAAUGAAGUGCCCGGACUGCGUGGCCCACUUUGUGUAUGAAGAGAAAGAGCUUCAUGAACAACAGUGUCCCUUUGCCUGUGUGAAGUGUCAAUACUGUGAACUAGAUCUCACCCGAGACCAGAUGGAAUCUCAUUGCGAUACAGAUUGUCCAAAAGCCCCCAUCGCCUGUAACUUCAGCAUCUUUGGGUGCAAAGAAAGGAUGCAGCGCCACAACCUGGCUCAGCACAUGCAGGAGUUCACACAGAUGCACAUGCUCAACAUGGUGGAGUUUCUGCGAGGAUUCAGCCUGAACGGCAACACACCCAAACCACUGUGGGCACAAGGAACGUCUGCCUCCCUGGAUGAUCAAGGAGCCGCAGCAGCAGUGACGUCUUGCAGCGACGGGGUUCCAGGCGCUGUGAGGUGCAGCAUCACCACCAACUCUCAGUCCAGUGCAGAGAUGCAAAGGAUCAGAGAAAUGGAUGGGCGUCUGGUGAGGCAGGACCACCAGCUGCGUGAGCUCAUCAUCUUAAAAGAGACACAGGCGGGCCAGCUCGCAGAGCUCCGACGCAGAGUAGCGAUCCUGGAGGAGACGGUGAAGGACCUGGAGUCCCAGCAAUGCAAUGGCAUCUUCAUCUGGCGCCUCAAAGGAUUUUCUGUCCUCCAGCGGAACCAGGAGGCCGGGAUGCCCGUGGUGGAGCACAGCCCCGGCUUCUACACAGGCCGCCCGGGUUACAGGCUGUGUCUGCGGAUGCAUCUGCAGACCCCCAAUGCCCCGCGCUGCUCCAACUUCAUCUCCCUCUUCGUGCACACCAUGCAAGGGAAUUUCGAUGAUCAGCUGACCUGGCCGUUUCAAGGGACCAUCCGGCUGGCCAUCCUAGACCAGGGCCCGGAGGGGCAGCACCACCUGGAGGUGAUGGAGACCAAGCCGGACCUGCAGGCCUUCCAGAAGCCCACCAUUCCACGAAACCCCAAAGGAUUUGGCUACGUCACCUUCAUGCAUCUGCAUCAGCUAAGCCAACGUGCUUAUGUCAAAAAUGACACUCUGCUCAUCCGCUGUGAGGUGACGGCGCGUUUUGACAAUCUGCCUCAGCGUGACGGCCCUCCAGUGCAGCCCAGAGGACCCGAGGCAUCAGUGUCAAAGGACUAGACUCAACCAAUUCUUUAGGGGUGGGAGGGGGUGCUGACUUCUUCCAGUGUUGCAGUCUUGCUCGGUUCGGUUUGAUUGGUGGCUCUUAGUGGAAAUCAACAUUGACAACCAUUUACAAUCGGACAAAGCAGUUCUGGUAUUUAUUACAAUUUUAGCUUAUGUUUGUUUUUUGUGUUAAUAGAUCUAUGGAAUAAAGUGAAUUUUAAUUAUUUUUUUGGAAUAUGUCUUCACCCAUAUGGUACCAACAUUAACAAAUGACCUAAUGGAAUUGUGCAAAUAGUGUUCAAUCAGCUUAACUUUACUCUACUGCAGACUGAAUAUCACUACAAGACUUUUUUCUUGUGGUUGUUGGAGACAGCAAUGAAUGUUAAAGACACCCUUAGGAGUCUUUUUUUCAUUAGUAGCACUAUUUGGUAAUGCUUUAAAGGAAUACUCCACCCAAAAAACGAUUUGGCCUCAUUUUCUACUCACCCUCAUGCUGAGAAACACUCUGGAGCACUUUUUUGACGAUUCAAAUGCAGUUGGAGA